CGUCUUCUUAUCCUCUUCUUCCCCCGGACACGAGUGAGUCAGUUUCAGUCAGAAAUCCAUUCCACCAUCCAUGGCGUCCAUGCUGUGCUCCUACUCCAUGCCCGCCGGCGCCGCCAGGGCCCCGCUCGUCCGCUCCAACGCCUACGCCACCUCGCUCGGGUUCGCCACUUCUCAGCUCGCCGGCCUCAGCCUCGGCCUCACCGCCACCGCCACCGCUGCCCCCCUCCCCCUCUCAGCCAAGCACACCAUCAUCGCCCGUCGGAUCUGCCCCUUCCUGGAUAAGAGGACGAACCGGGCCAACAAGGUGUCCUUCUCCAACCACAAGACCAAGAAGCAGCAGUUCGUCAACCUGCAGUACAAGAAGCUGUGGUGGGAGGCCGGCAAGCGCUACGUCAAGCUGCGCCUCUCCACCAAGGCCCUCAAGACCAUCGAGAAGCACGGCCUCGACGCCGUCGCCAAGAAGGCCGGCGUCGACCUCAACAAGAAAUGAGCCAGCUUGUUGGUUCAUCUCCUGCCUAUGUUACAUUCUUCAUCUUCUCACACCAUGCUUUUUUAGUUCAGGUUUGCUGAGUUGUUGCCUUCUCUUCUUUGAGGGAUCACUGUUUACCCAGUUAUGAUUGGAUUUGAGUACAAAAGAAUAGAACACUC